UCUUUUGAGAAAAAUGAUUUUUAAAAACUUGCAACUGUUGAUUUAAUCACACACUGUUAAGGAAAGAUUUCCAAAGAAAGAAAUCAGACUGGUUGGUUUUAUCCUCUUUAAAGACACUGAAAAUAAGAUUUUGAGAGUUAUGAACCUUUUGAAUAUGCCUGUGUGCAUGCAUAGAUGUAUAAACAUUUCAUUCAGUUUCAGAGGAAUGUGGAACGUUCCUACCUUUUGAAGCUCAUUCUUAGAGUCCUAAUUAAAACUUGAUGCAGAAACAAGGAGACCAGUUAAAAGGUAUUAUGAUAGAUUGAAGAAUCUAAAUUUAAAAGUGUAAAGAAUUUAAAGUAAAAUAUAUUCCAAGUGUAUUUUAAAGAAAAAUCCUUAGGACAAGUUAAAUAUGAAGAAGCUCUUUAGUAUUUUUAUGUUAAGGAGCAUGAACAAAUGAAAGAUGAUGUUAUCUGUAGUCAGUGGAGAUUCAGUGGUGUAGCAUAGAGUUAUUGAUCUUUCAUGUCUAUAUAAUUAGGGAUUCUUGCUGAUUUUCAUUGGCUAUUCACCAUGUACAAUAAUGGCAAAAGGAAAGAAAUAGGGCUAUUGGAAAUGGCAUAGUGUAGAUUUUGCCUGGUACAUUAUAUAUAUAUUUUUUUAAUAUUUAUUUAUUUGGAAGGUGAUGUAGAAGAGAGUUUGCAUCUACUGGUUCACUUCCGGAAUGACUGCAAUGGCUGAAGCUGGUCCAAGCUGUUAGGUGACAGUGGGCCUACCUUCAUGGAUCAUCCUCUGCUGCUUUCCCAAGCAUUAGCAAAAAACCAGAUUGGAAGUUGAACAGCCAGACUCAAACUGGCACUCCUAAGAUGCUGGCUUAACCCAGUGUUCCACAGUACUGGCCCUGGCAAAAUUAUGUUUUAAAAAGUUAAACAUUAACAAUCAAGUGUAUUUGUUGGCACAUUAUUUUAGCAAUUUAUGCAUUCUCUUUUUCAGGUUUUAGGGCCAUCUUGGCUGAACCUAAGAAUAAAGCAUCUGAGUCCUCAGAACAAGAUUAUUACAAUAAUAUGAGGCAAGAGGCUUUGGGACACGAACCUAGAGUAAAUAUGUUUUCAUUUGAACAACCAUCGGAAUUUUCAGGUUUUGACAAGAACGACAACAGAGGCCAGGAGGCUAUCUCUAAACGCUUGUCAGUUGUGUCAAGAGUUCCUUUCACUGAGGAACAGCUUUUCAGCCUCUUCGACAUAGUGCCUGGAUUGGAGUACUGUGAAGUUCAACGAGAUCCUUAUUCGAAUUAUGGGCAUGGAGUGGUUCAAUACUUUAAUGUAGCAUCAGCAAUUUAUGCAAAAUAUAAGUUACAUGGGUUUCAGUAUCCUCCUGGGAAUCGGAUAGGCGUUUCCUUUAUCGAUGAUGGGAGUAAUGCAACAGAUCUCCUUAGAAAAAUGGCAACCCAGAUGGUAGCUGCCCAACUUGCAUCAGUGGUGUGGAACAACCCAAGUCAGCAGCAAUUUCUGCAAUUUGGAGGAAGUUCUGGAUCACAGUUGCCUCAAAUCCAGACAGACGUUGUACUUCCAUCAUGCAAAAAAAAGGCUCCCCCUGAAACUCCUGUGAAAGAAAGACUUUUUAUCGUAUUUAAUCCUCACCCUUUACCUUUAGAUGUAUUAGAGGAUAUAUUCUGUCGUUUUGGUAACCUGAUCGAAGUUUACCUUGUGUCAGGAAAAAAUGUGGGGUAUGCCAAGUAUGCAGAUAGAAUGAGCGCUAACGACGCCAUUGCUACUUUACAUGGAAAGAUUCUGAAUGGAGUCAGACUUAAAGUCAUGCUGGCAGAUUCCCCCAGAGAAGAAUCCAACAAACGGCAAAGAACGUACUGACUCUUGAGAACAGAGACUAAGUAUUGACAUAACCCUCAGCUGACUGACUGAAAAUGUGACUGGACGCACUCCCUGUGGACAGUUGACAGCUUUUUUUCUUUUUCUUUUUUUUUUUUUCAAAUACUUGAUAGUCUGUUCACAACAUUGUUUUGUCUGGGAAGCAGAGGUUGCUCACAUGUAAUUUUGCGUUCAUAAGCCAAUGCUGAAACUAAUAUAGUAGUUUCUGAGAGCAAUAUGUUGUCAUGUGUAGCAGAAAUAAAGUUUUCUUAGAACAAGUGUUGUUAUGUAGUAGAAAUAAAGGUUUUAUUGCUUAAAUAAA